AAAGGUAAAUGGUUUGUUUUGCAAAAGUCAAUACAAACGGGAUAACAUGUAUCUCAACUCAAAGGUACAGAGAGUUAAAAAAUCUUCUCACUUUAAUUAAAUGAUAAAAAUUCUCGUCCUCAAUUAAAAUGAAACUUAAUUAAAAAACGAUAAUGAUAAACAAAGAUUAAAGUUACUUAAUAGUAAUGAAUGAGGAGGGAGAAAGAUAGGAGUAACGAUAUUUUCCUCAUAUUUGUGGUUUGGUGUGACAGACGGAGAAUCAGAGGAAAGAAACGAAACGGAAUGGUUGUUUGUGAGGUGUCAAUUUUGACUCCAGCGUUGAAAUUCUUAGAAGAACCCUAAUUUCAAUUUCAAUUUCAUCCUCAAAUCUCAAAUUCAAAUUCAAAUUCAAAUUGAAACGAGACUCUGUCUCUCCAUCUCUUACCCCCAAGUCUCAGGCCAUGCGACCCUCCUGCUCCUCCACCAUACCCCUCUCCAAAGAGGACACUUUUUUCAUCACCUUCCUCAAUUCUGUUUCCAUCAAUUUCACAAACCAUGCCUUCUUCCGAUCCCCAUUCCGCCGCCACUAAUAUCAACCCCAAGUGUCUCCUUUUCAAUGCUGCCUCUGGUGCAUCUGCAGGAGUUAUUGCUGCUACGUUUGUGUGUCCUUUAGAUGUUAUCAAAACUCGAUUUCAGGUUCAUGGUGUGCCUCAGCUCGCUAAUGGAUCUGUUAAAGGCAGUGUAAUAUUCGCUAGUUUGCAACAAAUAUUUCACAAGGAGGGGUUACGUGGCAUGUACCGUGGACUAGCUCCCACUGUGUUAGCUUUGCUUCCAAAUUGGGCGGUUUAUUUUACUAUGUAUGAGCAGUUCAAAAGCCUUCUUCAUUCUGAUGAUGAAAGCCAUCACCUUUCCGUUGGAGCUAAUAUGGUAGCUGCUGCUGGUGCUGGAGCUUCAACUACCUUGUUUACAAAUCCGCUUUGGGUUGUCAAGACUAGACUUCAAACUCAGGGAAUGAGACCUGGUGUGGUGCCAUAUAAGAGCACAUUAUCUGCAUUGAGUAGAAUUGCACAUGAGGAGGGCAUACGGGGGCUGUACAGUGGCCUUGUACCUGCUCUAGCUGGUAUCAGUCAUGUUGCCAUUCAAUUCCCGAUGUAUGAAACAAUAAAAUUUUAUUUAGCAAAUCAAGAUGACGCGGCAGUAGAUAAACUUGGUGCACGUGAUGUUGCUAUUGCUUCAUCAGUAUCCAAACUUUUUGCAUCCACAUUGACAUAUCCACACGAGGUUGUACGUUCCAGAUUACAAGAACAAGGGCAUCACUCAGAGAAACGAUACUCUGGUAUGAUUGACUGUAUUAGAAAGGUUUUUCACCAAGAAGGUGUACCUGGUUUUUACCGAGGAUGUGCCACCAACCUUUUAAGGACAACACCAGCUGCCGUAAUCACAUUCACCAGCUUUGAAAUGAUACACCGAUUUCUUGUUUCACAUUUUCCUUCUGAUCCACAGCCUCAUAUUUUGUGAUAUGAUUGAUCACAAAGAUGGUCAUGGUCAUCUUUCAUCUAUAACAGUAGAUCUAAAACAUUAGCAAGUCCAGCUGAUUAAAAUCACUCUCCUGGCAAUGCAUAUACCAUUCUUUAUAUAUUUAGUUAUUUUAAGGUAGAGCAACACAUCAUUUCAACAACAAUUGAAACUGGUUUCCCUGGUCAAACUUCUGCAAGGUCAUUGUGUCUGUACUUUGUAGGGAGACAGAGGGAUAUAAUUAUAGAUUUGAUAAUGACGAAAAAGAUGAUAGUUGUACGAGACUAUGAGGAUGUCAUUUAUUUUAUUUGCAAACUGCUUUAUAAUCC